UGCCUUUCUGAAACCAUACUUUUCGUGUGAGAGGUUACAGUUGAUUAGUUUGGCUUCGCAGUGGAGGUCUUUGCCCGCGCGUAGCCAACAGCGAGUCGAAAGUGGGAGGCCUGGAGACUGGCAGAGCAGUGAGGAGGCAGGCUUGUCUAGGCCAGGCAGGCCAGAACCAGGCGGGCUCCUUCUGUGUAGCGACCUCCCCAGAAGGCUGUGGAUGAAUCGCUGACUAGUGUAGUGAGUGCUGAGAAGACUAGCACUAUGCGGGGAUUGUAGGUGAGAUUUGUGAGAGAUCUGAGGAUAGGAGUGCAGUGAGAUCUCUGAGCCUGGGCAGGUGAGUCUGGUGACAUUCCAGAGCUCACAAUGGGCGACCUGUCCGAGAACAGAGAAAUCUGGGAUUUGAAUUUGUUGAAAUGAGCAAUCGUAAAUCAAAGAACAACAACUUACUACAUGGAGAGUCCCUUUCUCAGGUACAAAGAAUUUUACGGGAAAGAUUUUGCCAUCAGACUCCAUAUAGUAACUUAUUUGGAGUGCAAGUACAAUACAAACACUUAAUUGAACUGCUAAAAAGAACUGCUGUCCAUGGAGAAGGUAACUCUGUACUCAUUGUUGGACCCCGAGGAUCAGGCAAAACCAUGUUAAUAAAUCACGCUUUAAGAGAACUCAUGGAAAUAGAAGAAGUGAGUGAAAAUGUAUUACAAGUUUAUCUAAAUGGACUGCUGCAGAUCAAUGAUAAAAUUGCUCUGGAGGAAAUCACAAGGCAGUUACAUCUCGAAAAUGUAGUGGGAGAUAAAGUUUUUGGAAGUUUUGCUGAAAACUUUGCAUUUCUUCUGGAAGCUUUGAAAAAAGGUGACCGGAGUAGUAGUUGCCCAGUGAUCUUCAUAUUAGAUGAAUUUGAUCUUUUUGCUCAUCAUAAAAACCAGACACUGCUCUAUAAUCUUUUUGACAUUUCUCAGUCCGCACAGACGCCAAUAGCAGUUAUUGGUCUUACAUGUAGAUUGGAUAUUUUGGAACUCCUAGAAAAAAGAGUGAAGUCACGAUUUUCUCACCGGCAGAUACACUUAAUGAAUUCAUUUGGUUUUCCACAGUAUGUUAAAAUAUUUAAAGAACAAUUAUCUCUACCUGCAGAAUUUCCAGAUAAGCUUUUUGCUGAAAAGUGGAAUGAAAACAUCCAGGGUCUUUCAGAAGAUAAAAAUGUACGAGAAGUUCUACUGAAGCAUUUUAACGUCAGCAAAAACCUGAGGUCAUUACACAUGUUAUUGAUGCUUGCUUUAAAUCGAGUAACAGCAUCACACCCCUUUAUGACUGCAGCAGAUCUGAUGGAGGCAGCCCAGAUUUGUAGCAUGGAUUCUAAAGCAAAUAUUGUACAUGGACUAUCAGUCUUGGAAAUUUGUCUUAUAAUAGCUAUGAAACAUUUAAACGACAUCUAUGAAGAGGAGCCCUUUAAUUUUCAAAUGGUCUACAAUGAGUUUCAGAAGUUUGUUCAAAGGAAAGCCCAUUCUGUUUAUAAUUUUGAGAAACCUGUUGUCAUGAAGGCUUUUGAACACCUACAACAAUUAGAAUUAAUAAAGCCCUUGGAAAGAACUUCAGUAAAUUCACAGAGAGAAUACCAGUUGAUGAAACUACUUUUGGAUAAUACUCAAAUUAUGAACGCUCUGCAGAAAUACCCCAACUGCCCUACAGAUGUUAGACAGUGGGCAACAUCCUCACUAAGCUGGCUGUGAAUAGUUUCACUUUUGGCAUUUCAGACAUGAUUCACUAAAGACCUAAAAGCCAUUUGUCCUUUAUAAGAUAUGUUGUUGCAUUUUUUGCCUUAUUUUAUAAACUUUUUUUUUUAAUUUGAGAAACUGUUGUACAUCUUGGCUGUGUCUUACCUUUGAAUUACAAGCCAUUACAUGAUUUAUAAUUCCAGUCAUUGACUUAGACUGUGCUGUAAGUAGCAGUUCAACAGAAUAAAAUGUGAUUAUUUUAGAAAUUAAACCAUUUUUUAAAACAUUGUA